UACAGUGGUGAAGGAUCUUUUCAGCAUGUUGACAGAAGUGUCUCUCCUUGGAGACUCAGAGUUGAUGCUCAUGAGAAUAGAGGAGAAGCAACACCAGUAACAGAUUUAGUGGAUUAAUUUGCUGAUGGUACAUGGGUUCAGAUACACUCUGCCCUUUCAAAGGAGCAGAAGCUGAAUGCAAUCUCUACCUAUUUAAUGCUGGAAGAGGAGGAUGUGGAGCGUCUGCAUGAUGGAUUUGAAACUAUACCGAGAACAGAACAAAUGCAGCAUCUGGAGAGAGGUAUCUCUUGUGAGAGGCCAUCAAUUAAUCAAGCUGAUAAGCCUCGAGGAGAUUCAUCCCAACCAUCAGAUCCAUUGUGUCUUGACCAUGGAAGAUAUUAUCGUCAACUCUGUGCACCUUCACUAAGCAAAGAUGUCAUUAUGUAUGAUGUGCAGAACAUGGUUAGAGCGAGGACAGAACCAGUAGAGGAGGAGGGUGUGGAGAAUAGUGGAAGAUUAGUAGUGCAGGUUGGUGCUGGAGCUAGAUCUUCUGAAAGUCUAAAAUACAACAAGACUAGAGGAGUUCCAUUACCUACUAGCUCUACAAAGCCAGUGGGUCAAGCAUUUGAAGAGAAUACGAAGGAGAUAUGGUCUUUGUUAAUGGAUGAUAAAGUCCCAACCAUUGGCAUUUAUGGGAUGGGAGGGGUUGGUAAAACGACAAUAUUCAAACAUAUCUAUAAUGAGCUUCUACAAAGACCAGAUAUUUGUGAUCAUGUUUGGUGGGUGACUGUGUCUCAAGAUUUUAGCAUUACUAGAUUGCAGAAUCUCAUUGCUAAAAGUCUUCAUCUAGACCUUUCAAGUGAAGAUGAUGAUCUGGAUAGAGCUGUUAAAUUGUCAGAAGAACUAAGUACGAAACAAAAAUGGAUUCUCAUUUUAGAUGAUUUGUGGAACAAUUUUGAACUUGAUGAAGUGGGAAUUCCUGUGCUGUUGAAAGGAUGCAAGCUGAUUAUGACAACUAGAUCAGAAACGGUUUGUCAUCGGAUGGCUUGCCGCCACAAAAUCAAAGUGAAGCUACUUUAUGAGGAAGAAGCUUGGAUUUUGUUCAUGGAGAAACUUGGACGUGAUGGAGCACUUUCACCAGAAGUAGAAGGAAUUGCGAAAGAUAUUGCUGGGGAAUGUGCUGGUUUGCCACUGGGAAUUAUUACAGUGGCAGGAAGCUUGAGGGGAGUGGAUGACCCACAUGAGUGGAGAAAUACAUUGAACAAAUUGAGAGAAUCAAAAUUUAGGGACAUAGAUGAGAAAGUAUUCAAGUUAUUGUGGUUUAGUUAUGAUCGGUUAGGUGAUUUAGCACUACAACAAUGUCUCUUGUACUGUGCAUUAUUUCCUGAAGAUGAUGAGAUUGAAAGGGAGACGUUGAUAGGUUAUUUGAUCGACGAGGGAAUAAUUAAUGGAAAGAGAAGAAGGGGAGAUGCAUUUGAUGAGGGACAUACGAUGCUUAAUAGACUUGAAAAUGUCUGCCUAAUGGAAAGUGUAAAAAUAGGGUAUAAUGAUAGUAAAUGUGUCAAGAUGCAUGACUUGAUUAGGGACAUGGCCAUCCAAAUAGAAAACUCUAAAGUCAUGGUUAAAGCAGGUGCGCAAUUAAAAGAGAUACCAGAUGCAGAGGAGUGGACAGAGAAUCUCACAAGAGUCUCACUAAUGCGAAACCAGAUCGAAGAAAUUCCUUCCAGCCAUUCACCAAUGUGUCCAAAUUUGUCAUCUCUAAUUUUACGUGGGAAUAGAGAGCUGCGAUUGAUUGCGGAUUCAUUUUUCAAGCAAUUACAUGGGCUCAAGGUCCUCGAUCUGUCUUGCACAGGUAUUGAAAAUUUGCCAGACUCUGUCUCUGAUUUGGGGAGUCUCACAGCAUUAUUGCUCAAUUAUUGUGAGAAAUUAAGACGUGUUCCAUCAUUAAAGAAGCUAAGGGAAUUGAGAAGGUUGGAUCUCUCUUGCACUACACUUGAAAAGAUGCCUCAAGGAAUGGAAUGCCUAACCAACCUGAGGUAUCUUAGAAUGAAUGGAUGUGGUGAAAAGGAGUUUCCUCGUGGGAUAUUACCAAAACUCUCUCACCUGCAAGUCUUUGUACUAGAGGAAAUGUUAUCCGGUGACAGAUAUGCUCCGAUAACAGUUAAAGGAAAGGAAGUAGUAUCCUUGCGAAAUUUGGAAAGUUUGGAUUGCCAUUUCGAAGGUCUAUCUGACUUCGUGGAGUAUCUCAGAUCUUGGGAUGGUAUUCAAUCAUUAAGCACAUAUAAAAUUUUAGUAGGAAUGGCGGAUUUAAAUUAUUGGUUUGACAGUGAUUAUUUGCCAGGUAAAACAGUUGGGUUGGGUAAUUUGGGUAAUUUGAGUAUCAACCGAGAUGGAGAUUUUCAGGUCAAGUUCUUAAAUGGCAUUCAAGGACUGGUUUGCGAAUGCAUCGAUGCAAGAAGUUUAUGUGAUGUUUUGUCAUUAGAGAAUGCAACUGAACUGGAGUUCAUCACCAUUUGGGAUUGCAAUAGCAUGGAGAGCUUGGUUUCAUCUUCUUGGUUCUGCUCUGCACCACCACGAUUGCCAUCAUAUAAUGGUAUGUUUUCUGGUCUUAGAGAGUUUAAUUGUAGUGGAUGUAACAACAUGAAGAAGUGGUUCCCACUUGUGUUGCUGCCAAACUUCGUAAACCUGGAAGAGAUUUAUGUUAGUGAAUGUGAGAAAAUGGAGGAGAUAAUAGGAACAACAGAUGAAGAAAGCAGCACCUCCAAUUCCAUCACGGAAGUCAUUCUCCCAAAGUUAACAACACUGGUUUUGUGUAAUUUACCAGAACUGAAAAGCAUUUGCAGUGCAAAACUGAUUUGCAAUUCUCUUUAUUAUAUUUAUGUACUGGAUUGUGAGAAGCUGAAGAGGAUGCCAAUUUGUCUUCCGUUGCUUGAAAAUGGCCAGCCAUCUCCUCCCCCUUCUCUUGAAUGCAUCCGGGCACGUCCACAAAAAUGGUGGGAGACAGUAGUGGAGGGGGGGCAUCCUAAUGCAAAGGAUGUCCUUCGUCCCUUUGUAACGUUUGAGUAGGAGGAGACUGAUCUGCGCCUAAUAUAAUAUAAUAUAAUAUAGAAUAGAGGGUAAGCAUAAUCUCUCUCAAUCGAAUUGUACCUUUCGUACUGUUAAUCCUUUCGUUGUUAGAAUACAUCUUUGUUGCAUCAUUUAUCAAUUCUAUCCUAAUGCAAAGGAUGUCCGAAGGACCUUUCUCUCUCGAAAUAAUGAAUAUGUAGAAUGGUUAAUUACUCCGUUAAAUGUAAUGGUUCGUAUCCUUCUUUGUUG